AUGUUUGUGGCUCGGUUGCUUGCCGAGGACGCUAAUUCCGGAACAAAGAAGGCUAAAAUAGACAUUCGGCCAAUGUUGGGUUUUUCGGAUGAGGAUAAAAUUGAAACCAUACAGCCCCAUGAUGAUGCUUUGGUGGUCACACUCAGGAUUGGGGGGUAUGAUGUGAAGAGGGUGCUAGUGGACCAGGGUAGUGGUGCUGAAAUUAUGUACCCCGACCUAUUCAAGGGACUGAAUUUGAGAUUCAAAGACUUAACAGCCUACAAUUCUCCUUUGGUGAGUUUUGAUGGGAAGACCGUCAUUCCAAAGGGUCAAUUCAAAUUGCCCAUACAGACGAGUCCAAAAGUGAUAGAGGUAGAUUUCAUUAUGGUGGACGCUUAUUCCCUGUACAAGGCCAUUGUGGCCAAACCUUAG